AUGCCCCCGCCACUGAGACACAUGCCCCCAGGGCCACCACCAAGGAGUGGUGCCCCUGGACCGCCGACUGGUCCUACCUCAGGACCGCUGGCUGGCUAUGUUCCGCGACCUCCAGUUGGUCCCGCUCCUGCCCCUGUAAAGUCGCGUGCGCAGCGGGCCUACGAGCACCUCGACAACGACGAGUCGGAGUCGGAGCUGUCCACAACAGAUGGCGACAAUGAGCCCGAUGUCGCCGAGGUCCAGCAGCUCAACAAGCAGCGCCAGAGGAACCGCGGCCCGACGAACUUGCCCAGGCAAGGAGCAUUGAGGAGCAAUGACAAAGGGAAGACAGUGCCACAGCCAUCGGACACUGAUAAUGAUGUCUCACCGGCCCCGCACAACUGGCCUGAUACGUUCCCCCUACCGCGCAUCAUCGAUGCAGCCCACGGUGGCGACGAUGGCACGUGCACCCAGGCGACCAACCUCAUCCGGCAGAUGCAGCAAGAUGAACGCUUGACUGCAUCCCACGGCAUGAUGAACCUGCUCAUAUCGUGGCGACGUCACAGCAGCUCCGGAGUGAUACACCCGCCAAUGGUUCCGCCUCCCCGCCGGAUGACCAACCCCACCAGCUUGUCGACAUUCGACGAGUGGGUGGCGUGGUACGCACAGAACCCGAGACAGGUUCACUGGGCCAUCAGGCACUUGAACAAUGACCGCUCGGAGGCCCCACUACACCAGGACCUGGAGGUAAUGUGGCUUGCACGUCGUAUGGCCCCCAUCAUCCCACUCGGUGUACCAGCGACAGCCCGCAAUGUGUUCAUUGAGCACACUGCAGAGCUGUUCUCCAUCCCCAGACUGUACACGUGA